CGAAAACCGAAAGUAGAAGGAAAAACACAUUGUCAAAAUAUAUAUUUUAUCAUUCGACCAUAUCAAGGAUUCAUGAAUGAAAGCUCAAUCAGCAUGAGCUGUUGAAAUCAGGAAAUUUUCUUAGCGAGGUAGAAGGCGGACAAAUAAUUUUGCCCCUGCUUCGGAGAGCCGCAUCGGCCUAUGAAUUUUUCUUAUCGAGGUAGAAGGAGGACAGGAAUUUGUGCAAUAUUGAUAUAGAGGAUGGAGAACUUGCACUUCAGUUUUAUCAUUAUGUAUGUGGUAUUGUUGGAUCAGAGGAAGUUGUAAAGGCAAGAAGAUAAGUGUUUAUGGCUUUGGAUUAUGUUUGGAGAAUAUAGAGGAAACGUGUAUCAAUUCUGAUAAAAUUGUUCAAAACGCGAUCAAUAACAGGACAGGUGGAGAACAGGGCAAUGAGACAGUAACCUUACAACACACAAUAGGAAAAUAUAAGACAAUAUUUUGUCAAUAGUUAUCAUAAACAAAUGUCAAUACAGUAGGUCAACCAAUAUAUAGUGCAAACUUAUAGUAAAUAACUUUAAAAUAAACUAAAAGAGAUCGUCCGGUCCAUAACACAGAUUACUUAAAGUACAAAGGACAACAAGAUGUGAAUUAAAAAAAAAAACAAUCACUUAAUCUUGACUGCUGUACCUCAAUUUUUGACAUUUUUACCUAUUAUGUCUGUUUGCUUUGCUCACGCAUUGUUGUCAAUAUAAUGGGAUUCUAUGCGACUGUCAUAUAAGUGAGAGGUUUAGCUAGCUAUAAAACCAGUUUUAAUCCACAAUUUUCUACAUAAGGAAAUGCAUGUACCAAGUCAUCAUUUUACUUGUAUAAGAAUGAUUUGUUUCGGCCGAAUUUUUUUUUCUAUAAUUGAACAUGUUAAGGACAUGCAUAUCCUACUAACGGUCAAAAUGAAGAUUGAAUGCAUAUGGAUUAUUAUGAUGUUGAAUUAUUGACUUGAAAGCCAAGAAUACAAAAGCGAUGUUUUUGAGAUUAUUUUGAAAAAAAAAAUGAACCAAACUGACAGCUAUUAGCGUAAUGUAAUUUUGAAAUUCCGCUUUUAGAAAUGUUUCCCAAAAACAUCCUAUUUUAAUGUCUGUGUCUAAAUAUUAGCUUGCCUUUCAGAGGUUCUGGACUUAUGACAGGAACAUUUACACCUAACAGAGUUAAACUAGUCCCUUGAAAUUGAGUACUUAUUAUAAUUUAGAUCAUAUACCAAAUGUACAUGGUAGAAAAUUAAAAAAAACUAACUGUUUAUCAGUAUCAAUGACAAAAAUCAAGAACAUGUCAGUCAAUACCAUAUAAAAUCGUGUUCAUGAAUACCGUAGAAACUGAAGGACAUCAUGCAGGCUGCUGACCUAGAAACCAUGUAAUUGAGUACUGUUAUUAUAUGCUGCACUCAGACUAGAUCUCUUACAGUGAUCUGAACAAUUCACGAAGACAGAUAUCUUCUUUGGAAAAAUUAGUACAUGUACUUGUUUAACAUGUAAAAUGAAAUUCUUUUUUAAAUUGACUCGCUCAUUUUGACUACGCAAUUUAUUUCUUUUGUACAUUAGAAUGAUUAGACAAAACAACAUAGAUCGAUUUCCUUCAUUACUAUCAGGUAAAUUUGUCAUGCUUUGGCUAAAACAUGACGACAACAACAAUGAACUUUAGAAAUGUAUUUAUGUGAAAUAUGAGGAUAUAACUAACCUGAACUCAUGAAAUUGCAAAUAGUUCAUGAUAAUUAAUUAAAAGUGUUUUAAGUAAUAAUCAAUUAAAAUAAUUGUGGUUAAUGUCACUAAUCUUCCAAAUAUCAAAAACAAAUGAUUUCAUUUUAAUCGUCUGUUAUUAUAUAUAGCAUUACAACAUUUAUUGAUUAGAAACAGUUUGUCUUUCCAUAAUCAAUAGCUGUUGAAUACAGUUUGUGUAAUAUGGAUCUUACGAAUGGGGAACUUUCGCUUCAGAUUUACCACUAUUUAUGCGAUGUUGUUAGUUCAGGUGAGGUUGUUGACAUGAGAAGAAGAAUAUUGCUCGCUCAGGAUUAUGUUUUGGAGAAUCAAGAGACUACGUAUAUAAGUAGCGGAAGCAAAGCGGAAGGACUAGAUCUAGAAGGCAGCGAUUACGAUCAAAUGUUUGUCGAUAAACAUGUUGGUGUGUACGAGGGGAUACAUGAUAUAGCUCGCUCUGCACAUGGACUAACGCUUUUAAUGGAUACCAAUGACACAAAAGCUGGAUUUACCAAGCUAAAAAUUCAUAAAGCAUCAUAUAGGACCCUAUCUUUCAUUAUCAGCUGUUGUGAAAUUUUUGAAAUGGAACCAUAUGUAUCAAGUAAACUUUUUCUUGAAUCCAUGAUUAUAUUUGGUAAUGAUCUAAUGAUUAUCCAUGGUCCAUGCAUAUCUUCAAAUGCUGAUGUGUAUGAUGGUGCACGUUGUUUCCGGUUUAAGGAAUGGAUAAAACCUGCUCAUCAGUGGAUUUACAGAUCUAAAUGCACGUGGCCAGAUUACGAAUUGACUCAAUCUGUUGUACAAUACGGUGUUUUAUUUGUUACUAUUGGAUGCAAGGGUUCAGUCAACGAAGAUCUCGAAUGGCGGAUAUCGUUUUCUGUCGCAGAAAGACAGUUGAUAUUUUCUUUUUCGCAUACCCAGUUAUUAUGUUAUGCGUUAAUGAAAAUUCUUUUAAAAGAUGUUAUCAAACAAGAACUUGAUGAUCUGAUAUGCUCUUAUUUUCUUAAAACAAUCAUGUUUUGGCUUUGCGAAGAAUCAGCUUGUAAUAAAUGGAAGGCUGAACAUUUUGUUCGAUGUUUCAUGAGUUGCUUAAGGCGAUUAAUUUACUGUGUUGAAUUUGAAACAUGUCUUCAUUACUUUAUUCCAGAGAACAAUCUAUUUGAAGGUAGAUUUUCAUUUGAACAGCAUAAGGCGUUACUUGAUACGCUGUAUGAUAUUUAUCAUUCACCUUGGAGGUAUGUUUUUUAUUCAGUGACUUUUGAAAACUACAGAAAAGCACAAAUAAACUCAUUUUCGUCUAAUAUGGAAGCAUCUUCAUUGUCAUGACUGGUGUUUCCUUCUAUGCUAUUACCGAUAUAUUUAUCAUCGUUUUCAUUUAAACAAGUACUUAUUCGUACAGUGAAUCAACAAGACAAGCAUCUAUUAACACAUAUGUUAUCAAUUGCUGCGAUGAGACAGAUGCAGGAUUGUUAUAACUUGAAGGAAAGAAAUAAAUCUUUUUAUAGACAAUACCAAAUAAUGUUACAAUAUUUCAAAACAGGCUUGUAUUCUUCUUCCGUCAAUGCUUGGGCACUGUUAGCAUCCUUGUUUUAUAAAUGAGGCCGAUACAGGGAAUGCAUUGACAUUCUAAGUUAGAGCCUGUCUAAAUGUACACCAGAUAAAAUAUUGAUCAGUUUAAACAAUGAUAUUGGAGAACAAAGCAUUUUUCAAAAAUUAAAGCAGACAUUAGGAUUACCAUUAACAUGGAAAUAUUUCAUUAUUUCUUAUGUAAGAAUGAUUAGACCUUUUCAUUUAUUACCGACAGAAUUGGCUCCUUUGUAUAUAACAUCUGAUGAUAUAGUUACAAAUUUCCCCACUGUUGUUUAUUUGAACGUUUUAUAUUACUUUUGUUUGCAUCAUCUUGGAAAUAUAAGUGGUAAAAUUA